AUGUUUUUAUUAUUUAUUAUUACCAAUUUCUCUUUUGGAUGUCAAAUAAAUGGUUAUGAAUCAGGUUUAUGUAAAUAAAGAUUCUUAAUAUCAGAAGAUAUUGAAUUUUGUAAUACAGAACUUAAUGAUUACAUUUGCGUUCCUUAAAUAAGAGUAAUAGUUAAAUUUAAUAUUAGAAUUUAUGGCCAGAACAUACUAUUUAAAAUAGAGAUAAAGAAAUUCGAUUAGACUUUGUAUCUUAUGUUAGGGAUAGAUUAGUUUAAGAAAUUAAUGGGGAAAUAGAUAUUGUUUUAAUAAAAGAUGAUACUUGCUAUAAAGCAUAUAAAUAAUUCUUAUGUUAAUGGAAUUUCCCUCCUUGUGAUUCAACCACAAAUAUAACUACUCCCAUUUGUUAGAGUUAUUGUACAUAAUAUUACGAAAAUUGUGGUUUGAAUUUAACACCCUGUUUACAAUACUUCUAAAAAUUAGUAUAAUAAAUUAAAUUAUUAUUUAAGAAACCAGGUUUAGAUUAAAAUUGCUGA